AUGGUUGGGAGAGAGCCCACAUACUUGACAAAUCGAAUUAUUAGGCUCCAGGCCGUAGUAGAAAUUGUUACCAAUAAAACUGUCGCAGCCCUGCGUCUGAUUGGCAACCAGCUCACUCAACUACGUACCACGGUACUGCAAAACCGCUUAGCUCUUGACUACUUACUUGCAAGUGAAGGAGGGGUGUGCAGGAAGUUGAAUUUAUCAAAUUAUUGUGUUGAAAUCGAUGAUAAUGGCAGAGCCGAGGGUGGCGCUGCAUUUGCUGGGGCUGUGGGGCUGUGUGGGGCAGGAGGGUUGCUACAGCCUGCAGCCCAGACACUGCUCACAGCAGAACCAGGGAAGGGGGGCAAAGGCAGGGGAAGGCUGUCUUGCAGGAACUGCAGAGGAGCUGCUGCUUGCUGCUCAGAGACCCCAGGAGCACAGAGAUGGACACCAGUGCCAGGGAGCGUCCACAGACCACGUGCAGGGACACAGGCAGGGCUACUGGCUACUGGGUACCCUAGGAUCCCAUUAUUCAGAUGGGCUCCACCAAUUGGAAUUGCAGAAUCUCAAGCCCAGCACUCAUCCAGAGUUCAAAAGUGCUAUCUUUAUAUGAAGCUAGCUAUCUGCAUCAAGAAAAACUACACAGCUCCCUUUAUGAAACGGUAUAAGUUUACAGCAGGAAAGAAAAUAAGAAAGUAUAGAAAUAAUUCUAUCUUUGUGGACAAAAGAAAUAAACCCUCUUUUUGGAGCUGUUAUGGUGGACUGAAUGUACUUCAUCUCCAGCAAUGGGAAGAAGGGGUAGGAUUCAGCAUACUCCCUUUCAAAGGACUGAUACAGAGGCAUAGAGGGGAAGGAAGAUCCUCUGUGAUUCUGGAUGGCAAAGCUCUACUGGAUCAGAGUUGGCAGCAGCCAGCGGUGCCAUGAAGUCUGCAUCAGGGUAGUCAACCAGCAGCUCCAGAGAUGGUGUCUUCGUGAGGGUUUUGGAUUUUACAGCCAUGAUCAGCACGUCCAGGGAGGAGGCUUCCUGGGAUGGGACGAUCUUCAUCUCUCUCCUAGAGGGCAUCAUCAAACACCUGAGCCACUUAACCCACAUCUUUGCCAGCUGGGUAGACAGUGCCCAUGAUGCUCACAUCUUCCACAACUUCCUACUCCUGGUUUCCCUGAUUUCAUCAUCAGUGAUGUCAUUGUCCUCCCCCCACAUUCAUUGAAGACCUGAUCUACCCCCUCCUGCCCUGGCUGAUGAAGCCAUGUGCGGGGCAGCUGGACUGCUGGAAGGAGCAUUUAAACUACUUCCUGAGUAGGUGCUGCAUGAUGGUGGAGUAUGCCUUUGGCCACCUCAAGG